AUGGGUGGAGAGAGUACGGGGCGAGACAUCUCACCCUCGUCUUCUCCCGAGUCCGCGGGCAAAGCACCCAUGACUUCCCCAAAUCAAGCCGAAUCGGCUGUCGCCCCCGACCAGCCGGCCACUGAUGCAGCUGAGAUCCAGGAAGCAAACGCUGGCGCAUCCUCCCAGCAAGCUUCUUCCUCAGCUGCACCAGCUUUGAGUCAACCGGAGGCCACCGGGGGCUCCAGUGCCUCGAAGAAAAACCAUCUUUCAAUCCCAAUCCCAUCGCGAAGGUCCUCGAAGGCAGAAAAUCAACCGACUACCGAGAAGACUCAAGAAGCGGCGCACGAGGCACCCUCUCGGGAGAGGGUCCAAGAGCGCAGUCGUGCGAGUAGUCGGCGAUCGCGACGGAUGCAGGGCGGGGCGAAUGCCGAAAAAGCCCAGGAGACAAAUACCCCAAGCACAACUGAAAUGAAUGGCCCCUCAAAGCCGGAGAAAAAGAAGAGCUCCAAGCUUCUCUCCUUCCUGAGCUGCUGCUCUUCGUCUGAUGUCGACGGCGACGACUCGGCUUUGCCCCCUAAGAAGACCUCCAUGCGACCGCCCGCUUCGAACCAAGUGCCAACACCCGACAAAGCGGAAGCCCAUGCUGGUGAUUCCAGCACAGCCGAAUCCAGGGAUCCGACUUAUUUGGACGAGAAGGCGCAUAUGUCGGUGACUGCAGAUCAAUCUCACCCGCAGGAAGAGGAGCAUACUGCUGUCGCUGAGUCGCAGGGUGAAGGAGCGUCUGGAGCCGUUGAAUCCUCUGAUAUUUUACCAGUAAGCUCGAAGGAGCACGAAGGUGCUGACGCGAUGGCCAAUGGCGUAAUUACCGAAUCGAAAUCGGAAGAAACUCAGCAGACCGAUGAGAAGGCUGUGGCCACUGAAGAAACUCCUGCUCCCGAGCCGAUUACAGAUAAGGCCAAGGCCGUUGAGAGCCAAGAUGCCUCACACCAGGAGGACGUCGUGCAGACUCAGAAUGUGCUGCCUCCUCCCCGCCGCCGCCAGCUCCCGAGAUCGUCAGCGAUGCAGGCGAACAGCAAUGGCUGCUCCCGCGAGCUUUGCCGCACUUGUCGAACAGGAAAUGCCUGGUCCUGGAUCUCGAUGAAACGCUUGUACACAGUUCUUGAGCGUGCCGAUUUCACCAUCCCAGUCGAGAUUGAGGGACAGUAUCACAACAUUUAUGUCAUCAAGCGGCCUGGUGUGGAUCAGUUCAUGAAGAGAGUUGGCGAGCUGUACGAGGUUGUGGUGUUUACCGCAUCUGUUUCCAAGUACGGUGACCCCUUGCUCGACCAGUUGGAUAUUCACAACGUUGUCCACCACCGUUUAUUCCGGGAGAGCUGCUAUAACCACCAGGGAAAUUACGUCAAGGAUCUUUCGCAAGUUGGCCGUGACCUUCGGGAAACCAUCAUCAUUGACAACUCCCCAACUUCCUAUAUCUUCCACCCUCAACACGCGAUACCCAUCAGCAGCUGGUUCUCUGACGCACACGACAAUGAACUCUUGGACCUCAUUCCUGUUCUUGAGGAUCUUGCUGGGCCGCAAGUCCAAGAUGUCAGCAUGGUCUUGGACAUCACGCUUUGA